CAGCAGGUCGGCUAAGAGAAAACACGGAAGUGCAGGUUGUAGUCUAACAGACGUCCGAGCCACUCCACCCGUGGAGGUACAUGAGAGGGGAUUUCUCCUCACUGUUUAUAGUAAAGGCAGUGACACACUGAUCAUUGUGCAUGUACAUUUACUAUCGAUGCACCGCUGGUUGAAAAUCGGUAAAUUAUGCCUUUAACGUCUGUUUGUUCCUGAAGUCAAAGUGAAAGUUAGUCAGAGUGUUGGCAGAGCUGCAGGAGAGGAGACGUCUCUCUGUUUCUCUCUGAAGACUAAUUCAACUGAAGACAAACACUGGUUGUAGAGAUGUCUGCUGCCAGCUGUCUGCUGACUAAAGAUCAGUUCCUGUGCUCCAUCUGUCUGGAUGUCUUCACUGAUCCUGUCACCUUAUCAUGUGGACACAACUUCUGUCAAAAGUGCAUCACUAAACACUGGGAUAGUAAUGUCCCACAUCGAUGUCCCAACUGUAAAGAGAUGUUCUCCACCAGACCACAGCUGAAGAUCAACACCUUCAUCAAGGAGAUGGCUGCUCAGUUCAGACAGUCAGCUCAGCAGAAAUCCAGCAGCAGCAGCUCAGAGAGACGAGUUUCCAAACCAGGAGAAGUUCCCUGUGACGUCUGCACUGGAACCAAAGUGAAGGCCCUGAAGUCCUGCCUGGUGUGUCUGGCUUCUUACUGUGAGACUCACUUGGAGCCUCAUCUGACCAAGUCAGGUCUGAAGAGACAUCAGCUGAUGGACCCUGUGGAGAACCUGGAAGACAGGAUGUGUGAGAAGCACGACAAACUGCUGGAGCUGUUCUGUAAGAACGACCAGAGGUGUGUCUGUGUGAUUUGCACCUAUACAGACCACAAGACUCAUGAUGUUGUUCCUCUGAAAGAAGAAUAUGAAGGAAAGAAGGCCGAGCUGGGGAAGACAGAGGCUGAAAUUCAGCAGAUGAUCCAGAAGAGACGAGUGAAGAUUGAAGAGCUCAAACACUCAGUGGAGCUCAGUGAUGAGAACGCAGACAGAGAGAUAGCAGAAGGUGUUGGAGUCUUCAGCGCUCUGAAAGAAUCUGUAGAGAGACGCCAGGCUGAGCUCAUCAACAGCAUCAAAGAGAAGCAGAGAGAGACGGAGAAACAGGCUGAAGGCUUCAUCAGAGAGCUGGAACAGGAAAUCUCUGAGCUGGAGAAGAGACGUGCUGAGGUGGAGCAGCUCUCACGCUCUGAAGACCACCUCCAACUCCUCCAGAACUUCACGUCUCUGAACGCUGCUCCACCCACCAAGGACUGGACUGAAGUCAGAGUCCAUCCACCUUCAUCUGAGGGGACUGUGGUGAGAGCUGUGAAGCAGCUGGAGGAGACCAUCAGUGAACAGAUGAAGAAGCUGUUUGAGGCCGAGCUGAAGAGAGUCCAGCAGUAUGAGGUGGAUGUGACACUAGAUCCUGAUACAGCACAUCCCUGGCUGAUCCUGUCUGAUGAUGGGAAACAAGUUUAUGAUAGUAAAGUAAAAAAGAAACUCCCAGACAAUCCAGAGAGAUUUGAUCAUUGUGUGAAUGUCUUAUCAAAACAAAGUUUCUGUUCAGGCAGAUUUUACUACGAGGUUCAGGUUAAAGGGAAGACUGGCUGGGAUUUAGGAGUGGCCAGAGAGUCGAUCAACAGGAAGGGAAAAACCGUUCUGUCUCCUCAGAAUGGUUUCUGGACGAUAGUUUGCAGGAAUAAAAAUGAGUACAAAGCUUGUGCUGGUCCAUCAGUCCGUCUCUCUCUUCAGUCUGGUCCUGAGAAGGUGGGGGUGUUUGUGGAUUAUGAGGAGGGUCUGGUCUCCUUUUAUGACGUUGAUGCUGCAGCUCUGAUCUACUCCUUUACUGGCUGCUCCUUCACUGAGAAAAUCUACCCGUACUUUAGUCCCUUUUUGAACAAUGAUGGUAAAAACUCUGCUCCUCUGAUCAUCUCUCCUGUCAAUAGAUAAACAUUUUGGUAUUUGGCUUCAGAUUACUUCGAGUUUUCUCUUAAUUUCUUUUUUAAUGCCACAUUUUGUCUCUCCACCAAGUCUACCCAGUUUUCCUGCAUUCAUCAAUAUAAUCCAUUCUGAUAACUGUUUUAGUGCCUUUCUGUCUGUUAAAUCCUCCAAAAACCAUGUACUCAGAAACAAACAGCAUGAACACAUAUCUGAAAUGUCUGUCUGCUGAAUGUCAAACAUUUUGAUUCUUUGAUGGAUGUAAAUAUGUCAAGUGUUUCAUACUGGCACCAAUAACUGAAGAUCAGUCUGUAAAUGAGACAACCUGACUGCUAUGUUUGACAUUUGAAAUAAAGGAGAUAAUCAAC